GGCGCCUGCGGGUCACGGAGGGUCACAAGGCGCCAGCCCACUAGCCCCAGCCUUCGAAAGGGGUGAGGACAGCCCGGAGCCCAGGCUCCCGCAAGGAAUACCGCGGAGACUUACCUCUUGCGGCUCCUGGCCUCCGCCAUGACGCCGAGCCCGCCGCGUGCGCCGCACUUCCGGCCCCAGACAGCCGGGCGCUACCGCACUACCUCCGGGUCGGCCCCGCCCCCGGCCGAGCCCCGCCCUGUCGCUGGCUCUGCGAUUCUCGACUGCGUAGCCGGUGGCUUCCAGGCGGGAGGGCGCGUUCGCACCCUCAUGGCCUCAGGUGGGUUCUGGCACGGGUCUGGCAUUCAUUCGCCCAACGCGAGCCGGGCCAGGUCAGAGCUCUGCGUCCUUCUCCGUGACACGCUGAAAUAACAACUCCCACCUGGGGAAUCGAGGCCCUGUCCGCGGCCCACCAGUGCGUGUGCCGGGCGCUGACAACAGACAAAACGUACGCCAGUGGAGACUUCUGUACUAAGAACACACAAACCAAUGACAAGCCAAGGGUCUAGUGGAGAAAACAAUGAAAACAGAAACGGCCGGGAUCCAGAUAGACAGUCUGACAGGAAUCUGAGCGUGCUGGGGGGCGGGACUGGCUUCGCCUGAUGCGAGGUCGGAGCAAGAGCCCUGUGUCUAUCUCGCUGGACGGUCAGCAGCACCAUCCACAUUCCGUGCAGCGAGGUCCCACGGAAAACGCACCCGAGUGUCUGGCCGGGGCGCCCGGGGCUGGGCGGAGAGGAUGCAUUCCUCCUUCCAGGCUGCGGGGUCCGCGGGCCUGGACGGCUGGACCAAACGGCCAGCGCACGGACCAAGGCUUGACCCACCACAGCACAACCGGCAGGUGGCUGGCCAUCUGGGACCCGGAGCUUGUCCGCCUGGGGCAGUACGCGGGGCCCGAGGGCUACGAGAGGAAUCGAUCCGGUGGCGCGACGCCGGGCUGACCCGUGUCCAACGCGGAUCCUCGAAGCCUCCUCGGAGCGCGAGAGAUGGGGCGGGCGGCGCCGAGAAACAGCGUCUGCAGCCGGGGAGGCGCGCGACGCUGAGGGGCCACCGCUGCCGAGCAUCCUUCCAGCAGUCGCGCUCGCUCGUCCUGCGCGCUUCGCGGCGGCAGUUCGGUGGCUGAGCUGAUGCAGCCGCGCGGCGAGCGCCCGGCCGGCAGGACGCAGAGCCCGGAGCACGGCAGCCCGGGGCCCGGGCCCGAGGCGCCGCCGCCGCCGCAGCCGCAGCCGCCGGCGUGAGUAGGGCGGAAAGCGGGCGGCGCCGAGGACCGACGGAGGGACCGGGGGACUCGGGAGGACGGCGUCGCCCGAGAGGCUGCCGCAGGCCUGGGCCGUGUGAAGUCCGAGCCCCUCGGUCCUUCGGCCACAGCAGCGGUUCUGGGAAGUCCUGAGUGCUGCGGGGGGGGGCCAGGGGUGCUGACCCCUGGAAAGAGAGGCCCUAAGCCCCUUGCCUGCCCUUGAAUCCCUCCACAACGGGAGGUCCACCUGCUGUAAGGGGGGCCAAGGGGUCUGCUUUAAAGCAGGCAUUGGCCGGUUCCCUGCGUACACCUCCCACAUUCCCGGUACUGCUGAGGGAUGGGAAGGGUGGCUGGCAAGGCAGGAGCCCUAUCCUUAGAAGGGUAGAGGAUACCUGUCUCUCAAGGAGAACAAGAGAUGGGUGAACUUAGUAGCUGAGAAGGGAGGUGGGCAGAGGAAGCUGGACAGUCAGGGCAGCAGUGUCCGGAUGGUCCCCCAGGGGGAGUAGGCUUAGAAGAGAGUCUGGUCUGGCUCCAGGGUAGCUCCCUGUACAGGAGGGGAGGUCUUGCUCCAGGCGGGCAGCAUUACUAGGUGGGCCUUGAUGCAGACGUUAUGGCCACUGGACUGCUGGACAGAUGGCUGACUUGGCUGCCCUGGCCAUACCCAGAAGUCUGGUGGCACAGAGGAGGUGGGUGAGCAGCCCCCUACAGGGCUAACCCUGACCUGGCCCUGCCCACCUGCAGCCCAGAGGCAGAGCGAGCGCGGCCCAGGCAGGCCCGGCCCGCAGCCCCCAUGGAAGGUGCCAUGCAGCUACUGAGCCGCGAGGGCCACAGUGUGGCCCACAACUCCAAGCGGCACUACCAUGAUGCCUUCGUAGCCAUGAGCCGAAUGCGGCAGCGUGGCCUCCUGUGUGACAUCGUCCUGCAUGUGGCCGCCAAGGAGAUCCGUGCACACAAGGUGGUGCUGGCCUCCUGUAGCCCCUACUUCCACGCCAUGUUCACAAAUGAGAUGAGUGAGAGCCGCCAGACUCAUGUGACACUGCAUGACAUUGACCCUCAGGCCUUGGACCAACUGGUGCAGUUUGCGUACACCGCUGAGAUUGUAGUAGGCGAGGGCAACGUACAGACGCUGCUCCCAGCUGCCAGCCUGCUGCAGCUGAACGGCGUCCGGGAUGCCUGCUGCAAGUUCCUGCUGAGUCAGCUGGACCCCUCCAACUGCCUGGGCAUCCGGGGCUUUGCCGAUACGCACUCGUGCAGUGACCUGCUCAAGGCAGCACACAGGUAUGUGCUGCAGCACUUUGUGGACGUGGCCAAGACCGAGGAGUUCAUGCUGUUGCCGCUGAAGCAGGUGCUGGAAUUGGUCUCUAGUGACAGCCUGAAUGUACCUUCAGAAGAAGAUGUCUACCGUGCUGUCCUGAGCUGGGUCAAACAUGACGUGGACACUCGGAGGCAGCACGUUCCAAGAGGACACCAUGGGGGCAGUGCAGGCAUCUGUCUCAAGAACCCAUCGUACAGGUGGUACAGGCAUCUGAGCCAGGGUCUCAGCCCUGGGGCAAGUGUGCCUGAGGGUCCCCUGACCCUGGCACUCCUGCCCCAGCUGAUGAAGUGUGUGCGGCUGCCCUUGCUGAGCCGCGACUUCCUGCUGGGCCACGUGGAUGCUGAGAGCCUGGUGAGGCAUCACCCUGACUGCAAGGAUCUGCUCAUUGAGGCCCUCAAGUUCCACCUGCUGCCCGAGCAGAGAGGUGUACUGGGUACCAGCCGCACACGGCCCCGGCGCUGUGAGGGUGCCGGCCCUGUGCUCUUUGCCGUGGGUGGCGGGAGUCUUUUUGCCAUCCAUGGGGACUGUGAAGCAUAUGACACUCGAACUGACCGCUGGCACGUAGUAGCUUCCAUGUCCACACGCCGGGCCCGAGUGGGAGUGGCUGCUGUAGGAAACCGGCUGUAUGCUGUGGGCGGCUAUGAUGGGACCUCAGACCUGGCUACUGUGGAAUCGUAUGACCCUGUGACCAACACAUGGCAACCUGAGGUGUCCAUGGGCACGAGGCGCAGCUGCCUGGGUGUAGCUGCCCUGCAUGGGCUCCUGUACGCAGCUGGCGGCUACGAUGGGGCCUCCUGUCUCAACAGCGCUGAACGCUAUGACCCCCUGACGGGAACAUGGACAUCCAUCGCUGCCAUGAGCACCCGGAGGCGAUAUGUGCGCGUGGCCACACUCGAUGGGAACCUGUACGCUGUGGGUGGAUAUGACAGCUCUUCACACCUGGCCACUGUGGAGAAGUAUGAGCCCCAGGUGAAUGCAUGGACCCCGGUGGCCUCCAUGCUGAGCCGGCGCAGCUCUGCAGGUGUGGCGGUGCUGGAGGGCGCCCUGUAUGUGGCCGGGGGCAAUGAUGGCACCAGCUGCCUCAACUCAGUGGAGAGAUACAGCCCCAAGGCCGGCGCCUGGGAGAGCGUGGCACCCAUGAACAUUCGCAGGAGCACACAUGACCUGGUGGCCAUGGACGGCUGGCUGUAUGCUGUGGGCGGCAACGAUGGCAGCUCCAGCCUCAACUCCAUCGAGAAGUACAACCCAAGGACCAACAAGUGGGUAGCUGCCUCCUGCAUGUUCACACGGCGCAGCAGUGUGGGCGUGGCAGUGCUGGAGCUGCUCAACUUUCCGCCACCGUCCUCGCCCACGCUGUCUGUGUCUUCCACCAGCCUCUGACACACAGCACCGACCACAGAGAGGCCCCGCUGCCUCCCACAUGCCUUAAGCCCCUCGGGUCGACCCCAGCACCUCCCUCUCCUCAGCCAUAUGUCAGGGGCUGGACGUGGCCCCACCAGAGACGUCCUGCACCGUCUCUCCACGUCUCUGUUCACUCCUUGUUCCUCUAUGUGUGUGCUGUUUAUUUAUUUACUCACCUAUUUAUUAAUUCAUUAUUUAUUGAUGGAUGAGCACCGCUGCAGUUACCAAUUCAUAUGUUUACUCUCAAAGCGUGGGCACUUGUGUGCACAGGGGACCAAGUUGCCCUGCGAGUGUCCUCCACCCAGUUCCUUGUUCCAGGCAGUGAGGGGUGAUAGGGUGGCCACUCGCUGCAGGGAGGUCAGUGGCCCAAUGGUACUUUAUAGACCCAGGGUCAGGAGCAGCAUAAUAACCAGAGUUGGUGGAGCCAGAGCAGGGCAGGGAUUUUUAAGCAGGUGCAGACAGGUAGUCUGAACUUUGCACACUGUCCUUACCUGGCCCAGCCAGGGCUGUCCCCAGGAAGGGCACGAAGCAGGUUCCCUUCCUGCAUCCUGUGUCUGCAGUGUGAUGUCUUUUCUGGAUCUCACAUGGGGCUGGGGCACAUGCACUCAGACCCUACUCAGCAAUAUGAGCCAUCUUGAACAAUAAACAUGUUUUUUGGGCUCCCUGA